AUGGCAUCGACUAGAAAAGAAUGUGAUAAAAAAACGGUGCCCUGCAAAGAAAAUAUAAUACGUGAUAUUUCCUUGAAUAUUAUUCCCAUACCAUAUAUGCCUCUAAAUACGCCACCUGUCCUGACGCAUGUUGAAGAUGUUAGAAACGAAACACAACAUAUGUCCAAAGAAUUUAUUCGGGAAUCAGCUUUUGCUGCUGAUGUCGAAAUCGAUCUUAUUAAAGCUAUACUCGAUUUUGAUCCGUUAUCAUUGCGACAGCAUAGUCCAAUACAAACGAUUGCACAAACAUUACGCUUAAUCGGUGAUGAAUUAGAUCAAGAUCUACGUUUAAAAAGAUACGGAUAUCAGAUACCAGAACUUUAUCGAACUGGAAAUUAUUUGAUUAAAAUUGUGUCUGAUAAUGACAAAUCAAAAGCCAAAUCUGCACCAAUGGAUGUUAACAGCGUCUACUUCAUCAUCAAGCAAUAG